GACGGGACGCGACUCGCGGGUAGGUAGGCGCGUGCGUCAGCCGCCCGCAUUUAGAACGCAGGCGCAGUCUGGGAAGAACGGCUCCUGGUGCUGGGCUGGGUUCCGGCGGACGGAGGCGGUUUUGACCGUUGGACCUUGCGAGUGGUGUAGGGCUCAGGCGACGUCCAGGCUCCAGAGGCGAGAGAGGGUUAGCUCAGCGCCAGACUCCGUGGACACCUCUGCGGCUGGGUCCUCCUCCUCGGUGAGGUUUUUAUUUAGCAGUUAGAAAUGGAGUCGGCAUAUCUUCAAAAGAAUCUUGGGACCUGUCUAACUCAAGGUCUUGCAGAAGUGGCAAGGAUGCGCCCAGUGGAUCCAAUAGAAUACUUAGCAUUGUGGAUUUACAAGUAUAAGAACAAUGUGACCGUGGAGCAACAAAGACAAGAGGAAAUGGCCCAGUUGGAGCAUGAAAGAGAAUUAGCUGUGAUGGAGCAGGAAAUGAUGGAGAGACUUAAAGCAGAGGAGCUCCUGUUUCAGCAGCAACAGCUGGCAUUCCAGCUGGAGUUGGAAAUGCAAGAAAAAGAGAGACAGAGAAUAGAAGAACUGCAGAGAGCUCAAGAACAAUUUGAGAAGGAUGGAACCGACUCAGGCAAAACACUAGCUGAAAUUAGUGAUCGAUACGGAGCGCCGAACUUGAGCAGAGUGGAAGAACUUGAUGAACCGAUGCUAUCUGACGUUGCAUUAAACAUUGAUCAAGAUUUGUAGGAUCAACCAACCAAAGAACAAUAAAUUUUUUCUUCUUCUUUCAAGUUUCAAAAUAGAAGGUCCCCAAUUGUUUUUUUUCCCUCCAAACUUGAACUCUGCUUUUCCUCCCUCUAAAGACAGCUUUAUAAAUGGGCUUCCAGAGUGGCCUUAAAAUACUGUUUUGAUUACUUGUAUGACACCAUUUUGAUUACUUGUAUGAUGCCAGUGAGAGAACAGGAGAGAGUGUUUCCCAAAGCAACCAAAAGGGGCAAAUGGGAGACGAGCUGAAAAGAAUGUGUGCAUCUAUGUGAGAACAAGAUUGCCAGAGUUGAAAGUUACUGGUUCUAUGACAAGUGAAAGAGGCUGCCACUGUGUAGAGCUCAGGAAUCGUCAACAUGCUUUAGAUAUGGUGGGUCCUCCUGGGAGUGCACUGCAAAGAUUCCCCCAGUUUUCUGGGGAGUGAUGCUUUGUAGUACCACUUUAAUCCAUGCUUAUUGAUGGGGCUGGGAUGGGGAGGGAUGCAAAGGUCCCAGGAACAGGGUAGCAUUGUUUUUUCUGGAACAGUCACUGGGCAGAGGGCCUGUGCUGCUGUUGAAAGGAAGAUCUUAGUGGACACAGGCCAUGCAAGGUGCUUCCUUCAGUGGAUGCUGGGUGGUCUGUGGACCUUGACUGCACUCUUGGCCUCCUGGAGGUUUCAUGUCUAACUUUGAGCUUUAGGGAGAACUUUGCUUCUUUUAUAAAAUUCUUCCAAACCUAAGUCUAUGUUAUGAGUCCUUUCUGUUCCUUAAGGAAUGGUGGAAGCAUAAAUGCCAGGAAGAGGCUUCUUUAAAAAAAAAAAUUCUGUUUUUGGUUAUAACAUACCUUUCCCGAGGCAGUGAGAACAGAACAGCCUAGUUGCUUAAAUGGGAAAAGAAAAAGGGAAAAAAUAAUGGGAAAAAUAUCUAUUUAAUUAAAAGAAAUGUUAUAUCAGUUCUGUACAUUUUAUAACAAGGUUUUUUUUUUAAAUUUUAUAAAUUUAUUUAUUU